AUGUGGAAUGGAAACGGAAAUGGCGGCCCAAGCUCGAGAUAUGGACCACCAGGCUACCAACCAGGUAUUCCAUUGGGGAACGGAAAUGGAAACGGCAACGGAAACGGAAAUGGUAAUGGAUAUAAUGGAGGACCUCCGGCUCCUGUUUAUGGAGCUCCAGCAAAUGAAACGGUAUGGCAAACACGCAAACCAGUAUAUGGUGUCCCUACAAAUGGAAACGGCAACGGCAACGGAAACGGAUACUCUAACGGCAACGGCAAUGGCAACGGAUAUAGCAGACCAAGUUCAACAUAUGGUGUUCCAAACGGUAACGGAAAUGGAAAUGGCAAUGGCAAUGGAAAUGGAAAACCUAAACCAACAUAUGGAGUACCCAACGGAAACGGUAAUGGAAACGGUUAUGCCAAUGGAAACGGCAACGGAAAUGGAUACGCUGCGAAUGGAGGUUAUGCUAAUGGAGCGCCAGAAGAAAGUACUGAACCUGCGAAAUACCAAUUCGAGUAUCAAGUAAGCGAUCCAGAAUCAGGAAACGAAUUUGGGCACAAGGAGGAAAGAGACGGAGAUUUCACUACCGGCGAGUACAACGUCCUUCUUCCUGAUGGUAGAAAGCAAAUUGUAACGUACGAAGCCGACUUGGAUGGGUACAAACCGGUAGUCACUUAUGAAGGUGGCAAUGGAAAUGGAAACGGUAAUGGAAACGGAUACUCCUAUCCCAACGGCAAUGGAAACGGUAACGGAAACGGAUACUCUUAUCCAAAUGGCAAUGGAAACGGAAAUGGAAACGGAUACAGCAACGGAAACGGCAAUGGCGGUAAUGGAAACGGCAAUGGCAACGGAUAUCCCGGGAGUAACGGAAACGGAUACUCGUACUGAUUGCAGUUUAUUUUCCAAUCUAGUAAUAAAUAUUGCAAAGGAUGCGGGUAUUUGUCUAAUGGAGUGAUGAGGACUGACAAAUAUAUUAGUAUCUUUUCCUAAAAAUGCCAAGGAUUUCAACUUAACUCUCACCUAUAUCUA